AUGGCGUUCCUUGAGGACUGGAUUCCUAUGGGUAAUGAUGAGCUGGGUCAUGCAGACAUGAAGCUGGAUGUUCUUAACUUUACGUCUAGAACCGACGUUCAGACCUCCACUUCCUGGGGUGCACCCAUCAUCUGGGAUGGGAUGUUCAUCCCAGAGGCUUAUGAACAGAUCCAUAGAACAGCCCAUACCUCGGUGGCCUUGACUGUAUUUGCUGUGGGCAAGUACCUUGAUGUGUAUCUAAAGGACCUCCUGGUCUCUUCACAAAUCUACUUUAUGGUGGGUAUUCCGGUGACCUACUAUGUCUUUACUGACGUCCCAGAGAAGGUUCCAGCCAUAUACCUGGCACCAGGACGAGAGGUGAAAGUCAUGCCUGUGAAACAUCACUCCCGGUGGCAGGACAUCUCAAUGAUGCGCAUGAUGUUCAUCAGGGACGCCAUCGACAGCCAAAUCCAACACCAUCAUCAAUACGUCUUCUGCAUGGACGUGGACCAGGUCUUCAGGGGCCACUUUGGCACUGAGGUUUUGGCAGACUCUGUGGCCCUCCUCCACGCGCACUACUACUUUCGCUCUAGGAAGGAGUUCACAUACGACCGAAACCCUAAGUCCCUGGCCUACAUGGCAGACACUCAGGGCGACUUCUACUACCACGCAUCAGUAUUCGGUGGCUCCUGGCAGAGUGUGAGGAAGAUUACGGACACAUGCUACCGCACCAUCAUGGGGGACAAGGAGAAUGGGGUGGAGGCUCUGUGGCAGGACGAGAGCCACUUAAACAAGUACUUCUGGGAGCACAAGCCCAGCAAGGUGCUGUCUCCUGAGUACUGCUGGGAUACUAACAUUAGAUUUCGCACAGAUAUCCAUAUUCAACGACUCAUCUGGCAAGAGAAGCACUAUAAGGAGCUUAGGAACAAAGAAAACUGA